AUGUCGACAUCGUUCACUAAACCAUCUGGACCCGCUCGCAUUAUGGUAUGGAGCACACCGAGGUCGGUGUCGACCGCGCUAGCGAGGUCGAUGUCGGCCAGGGGUGACACGGAAAUGUUCUGGGAGCCGUAUCUGACCUGUUACAAUUUUGGUCCAAAGCAGAAUGCUAGAAGAUUCCUCAAAACACCUGAUGAAGAAAGCAUGUUUGAUGCUAAAUACACCUACAGCUACAUCAGCGGCCUUCUCAACAACGAAUACCCCGGAGCCAAAGUCAUAUUCGCCAAGUGUAUGGUAGAAGGGAUUAGGGAUGAUUUCAGUGUCGUAGAACGAAACUUCAAGCACUCCUUUCUCAUCCGACAUCCGAAAAAGGCCUUCCGAUCGAUGACCAGACUUAUGAAAUCGGUCUCACUGGAUCAGAAUCUUGUCGAACACCCUUACGUAAAUAUUUAUGACGAUCUGGAGCGUUUCUACCGCUACGUCGAAUCCGCGCUUGAUCAACCGGCACCUCCCAUCAUCGAUGCCGACGACCUGGUCAGCCAGCCGGAGAAGCUGCUGUCGAAAUACUGCGACGCCAUGGGCAUCGCGUACACGCCCAAGAUGCUGGAAUGGGAGAGUGUUGAUGCGAGCCAGCUUAACUGGCACUGUGCAGACGCAGGUGCCAUGGCGCAUGCGCAGAUCAGUCAAAGUUUGCUUUUGUCCAAUGCGCUGAAAGGGGUAGGGUUCGGCAAAGCGCCCGACCUCACGGGGGACGACGUCGAAAUCCCUCCCCAUUUGGAAGAGAUUAUUGAAAAUUCAUUACCAGCUUAUGAGAAGCUGUAUGCUCUGCGCAUUAAACCUUAGAGUGGUUCAAACAAAUCAGGGUUCCGUAACCAUGGUAACGCAAAGGUAAGGGAUUAAUCGCUAUGCCUAUCAAGAUCAUCGUUGCAUGGCGCAUUUCGCUCUGCAGACUGGCUAUGAACCAAUCAGAAAUGUUCUUUUAAUUGGGGACCAGGUCCCGGUCUUACAAGAGUUAUGAUUGAUCCGAUCAAACUCAACUCUAUGGAAAUCCAUCAAUUUAUCAUCUUCUUUUUUUUACAGAAAAUUUGAGCAAUUUGAUUUGCAGACAGAGAGAAGCACACUGAAGUUUCAAGAAAACUGAAUAUAUAAUUAAAUCAUACAUCAUAUCUUUAAAAAGCCGUUUUGAAUAAACAUUCACUUUAGAUGUUGACGUAGCUGUCUUUCAAUGGUGUUUAAUAGAUCGGAUCAGUCGCAUCUUUUUUUUAUUUCAUUUCGUUAUUUCCAUAUUGAUAUACGGAAGAGUUCUGGAGGUCAUUGAUGAAUAUUAUGAAUAAAAGUGGGCCCAAUAAGCUGCCUGGGGAACACCAAAUUUAAAAUUUAGUAAACAUGGUAAAGAAGUUUGUUUAUUUAUAUGUUAUGCUCAGAAUGAGGCAAUAUGCAAUUCUAAAAUAAUAGGGGAAAUCAGAAAAAUGUGUACAAAACAAAUGGAGAAUUGUAAAAAAAUCAGCCAUUUUGAAUCACGUUUGCCAAUUUGAGGAUCCCCAGUGAAAGAACUACAAGACUUUUAAACGUUCAUAACUUGCUUAUUUCACAACCGAUUUUGAUGAAAUUGUUCCUCUUAUUCUAUUCUUUCCAAUAAGAGUGUCUCUCAUCUUGG